CCCCUUGUGCAAGGCUGUAUGAAAGCAACAGAGCUUCCUCAUAAGCAAAGCAGAGAAUGCUGAUUUGAUUCCUCAAGCAACGGGACUCAUACUUUUUGGUAGAAUAGCUCUGGAGAGUUUCCAAGGGAAAGCCGAGAAGACCUCAAAUUUGGACUCGGAGGAACCUAAGAAUUUAUAACCAUGGCUGGAAAACCCAGGCUCCAUUACUAUAAUGGAAGAGGCCGCAUGGACACUAUUCAGUGGUUAUUGGAAGCAGCCGGAGUUGAGUAUGAAGAACAAUUCAUUGAAUCAAAGGAAGAUCUAGAAAAGUUAAAGAAAGAUGGAGCCCUGCUCUUUCAGCAAGUGCCCAUGGUGGAAAUGGAUGGCAUGAAGAUGGUACAGUCCCGAGCGAUCCUCAACUAUAUUGCAGCAAAAUACAAUCUCUGUGGGAAGGACCUCAAGGAGAAAGCAUUAAUGGAUAUGUAUAUCGAAGGUAUGAUGGAUUUGGGUGAAAUGAUCAUGCACCAUCCUUUCAAGCCAGCUGAUGCAAAGGAAAAAGAUCUUGCGCUGAUCAUUGAAAAGGCCACCACCAGAUACUUUCCAGUCUUUGAAAAGGUCCUCAAAGAUCAUGGACAGGAUUAUCUCGUUGGAAACAAAUUCAGCAGGGCAGAUGUUCAAUUGCUUGAAGUUAUUUUAAUGACCGAAGAAGAGGUCAAGCCUGAUAUUCUGUCAAAAUUCCCUCUUUUAAAGGUUUACAAAGGAAGAAUAAGCAACAUCCCUAUGAUCAAAAAAUUCUUGCAACCUGGUAGUGCCAGAAAACCACCAAUGGAUGAAAAACAGUUUGCUGAUGCCAUUAAGAUAUUCUAUUGAAUCAAGACCACGGCUACAUGCUAAAAUUGGGACUCCCUUCAAAUGCCUUUUAAGAAGCUACCACUAUACAAGCACAGUUUCCAGAAUAACUACAAUGUGGAGUUCAGUGUACAACAAAAAAGCAAGAUUUAUGAAGCAGAAGUCACGGCAACCAUGUGCUGCUACACCAAAACACAAUCAAACAUUCUUCUGUGCUGGUAUUUUCUGCAUGAUUGGAUUAACUUAUGGGUAGCGUCUGAGCUGGCAUCAACAGAUAAUACUUCCCAAUGGUAACUUGCAUGAGUUUGAUGGGCAAAAAAUACCUUGCCAGCUUGGUUCCAGACAGCCUUAAUGUUCUGAUUUCAGAACAUUUCUGGGGAUAUAGUUAAAGUUAUGUCAGAUAUUUUACAAAGGAAUAUUAAUAAAACCCCGGAAUUGCUGUUAUUAUGUAUGAACCUAGAAGAUUUUGAUAAAAUGGACAGAGUUAUGGUGUUUUAUAUGAUUACGGCGGCCAGAAUGUGUUAUGCACAGAUGUGGAAGACUAAGGAGAUACCAUCUAUGGAAGACUGGAUUCUGAAAGUCUUGAAUAUGGCAGAAAUGGACAAAUUAACAAGGAAAUUGAAAGAACAAGAAGAAUUGGACUAUACAUUACGCUGGGAAAAAUUUAAGAAAUAUGUGGAGAAAAAGUGGGACAUGAAGGGGAAACUGUGGUCUUUGUAGGGGAGAUAGAAACUUACUUAAGGUUAAAAAGGGGUAUAUUUUACUGUAUUUUAUUGGAUUAGUACAGUAUAUUUACAGGGGAGUAUAAUUAUGAGUAAUAAGGUUAUAGGGAGUAUAUGUGAAAUAUAGAUAAUAUAGUUAAUUGGUAUGUAAGGAAUAGUAUGUUACAUAUAUAUAUAUGUAGUUUUUUUUUAGUUAGUAUAUGUACCUAUUAUUACUUACAUAAUUUUUAUAUUUUUAACUAAGAUAAGCAAUAUAGUUAGUGUAGAUUGUUAAGAUAAUUAAAGAGAUUUGAUAGGUAUAAUAUAGAUAUAUAUUACAUUAUUACAUUAUUAUUAUAGACUUUAAGAAUUUAUAUGAUAUACUUUUUAGAUUAAGUUGGGUAUGGAAAACUGCUGGGAGUCACCAGAAAAGGGGGGGGGGAAGGAUGGGGAAAA